AUGGCCCUAGACGUUAUCCCGAUCGUGUUAACUGUUGCCACCUCCAUAGUUCAGAUUGCUGCAUUUUGUAUUGCGGGAUACAUCGCUGCAAUACGAGGAAUUGUUGAUUACAAAUGUAGAAGGCAGCUCAAUCGAUUGAACAUCGGCAUUUUCACACCCGCUCUGGUAUUCGGAAAAGUUGCGUUCUUCUUAACACCCGAGAAGUUGGCAGAAUUAUGGAUCAUCCCAGCGUCUUUUGCCAUCCUGACCUUCUUCUCUUUUGCAUCAGCAUGGUGCCUGGGAAAGAUUUUCAGGCUGUCUAGACUUCAUCUGAAUGUUACCGUGGCAGGAGCAAUGUUCAUGAACACCAAUACAAUUCCGAUUGCUCUGAUUCAAAGUCUGUCCUUAUCCCUUGAUAAGUUGAAGAUAAAUUCUCUCGACACCCCAGACAAGGAAUUAGGCAGAGCAUUUUCCUACCUAGCGGUUUAUUCGCUUUUAGGAUCUCUGCUACGAUGGUCUUAUGGAGUUAAACUAUUGCAGCCGUCGGCGAAGAAAGAUCCUGAGACGACAAAAUCCUACGUCAGCAAAGACUGCGAGAAAGUCGAUUUUCCUUUGUCAGAAGGCAACGAUGCCGAGGCUCAUAUCGGGGAUGGGGCGAUACCGGAAUUUGUUGAUCUGGCGGUGCCGACUAGAACUCAAGGGGCUUAUCGAAUUAGUUGUGCCACUGCAUUCAGCUCGGAUUCGGAUCUUGGGGCCCUUUCGAAACCUAAUAAUGCCCGAUUUAGCUAUCCAACUGCCUUUGCAGGCGCUUAUUCAAAUCUUCUCGGACCAAGUGGAACGAGAAAAGGGACUCUAAGGAUGAGCUCCGCGACUACCUUCAGUGUUGAUUCGGAAAUCACAAGAUGUGAUGUCUCUGGCGACACCUAUAAAGAACGCAGAAAGUCGUACCACCAUGGGCCAUUGCCCCUACCAGAAACGCAGGCCUUCAACGAAGUCGCAAUCUUUUUUGAUGAGCCACCACGACUCCAGCCUAUAUGGGAAAAUCAACCUGCUGAAGCCGGUGAGGCGAACUCUUCAGCAGCACCUGAAAAAGCUACCGCGGCGCUUCCAACUAAAGGACAGCGUGCCAAGCGAUGGAAAAAACUAAAUCUCGCACAGAGAUUCCGGGUUCCUACUUGGGUGAUGAGUUUCAUUGAAACAGAUUUCUUCUGUGUUGGCUAUCGUGAUUGCUUGCAUCCCCCCACUUCAGCAUUGGCUCAGCAGGCUUCAGAUAUUGAGAAAUUUUCUGAACUCAGCCGGAAACGCAUCCAUUCCAAUCACGCUGGUUCCUUCUUCUCGUCAUCAACUUCGCACCAAAAUGCAACAAAAUCGGUCAAAGACAUCGAACGCGCCUCACAGUCCGAGGCUGCGUCGAAAAAGCCGUCUAAACAUCACAACACAACCAUUGCUUUAGCUCUCAUUUCGCGUCACUUGAUCACACCACUGAUCUUGCUCCCGCUGAUGUACAUUUUAGCGAGAUUUGCACGGGUGACUAUCUUCGCAGAUCCGAUUUUCUUGUUGACGACUGUACUGCUUGUCGGCGCUCCACCCGCGAUCACACUGUCUCAAAUGGCGACAGAACAGGAUGAAGAUUUGGACAAACUAGUUUCCAGGUUGCUAUUUUGGUCGUUUGUCUUUAUCACGCCAUUGACCACACUUUUACUUGUGGGUAUCGCCAUCCUGAUCCACGAUGUGCAUCAAGGAUAA